UGCUCCACUUUUGAGGCGCUCACAUUCAGUUCCUCUCCGUACUGAGGGCAAGUGGAGAUAUCGGCGUUUUAUCAACCCGCGAACCCACAAUCGUGAGGAACGAGGGUAAAAAAAAAAGCCCUCUCUAGUCUUUUACCUUCAUUGCGACACCUAAAGAACUGCACCGGGAUGUGUUUUUUUCUGAUGAGACGACGGAUUGUGGAUUAACAUCAGUCUUAAAAACUGCAUUAGGGAAAUCAUAUGCUGUUUUACUCUGCGAAAUAGUUGGACCGAAUCAUGUCGCUGUCACAAAUGUUUCUUGCUUGAGCUUUUCCUUCGUUUGGAUUGUAUUUUUUCCCUCCUCCCGCCGUCAUUAGUGGGAGACGCACUCUGGAAAUGUAGGAAAUGGGAAAGAGUAUUGGAAAUAGAUCUUCAUGCAGGAUAUAGACCAACCGCUGCACCAGGCUUGAUUUAUCUGUGGACAACCUGCCGCAAAUGCCUCCCCCACCCCUGCCCCGCACGUAGCCAGGAUGGAAAGGUACAUCGUCAAUAGGAUGGGACCUGAUGAAUAGCUGGAUGUUGCUCGGAUCUGUAUUUAAAUCCAUGUGGGAAUACUUGCCAAGAUUUUUGACAGCUUCGCUCUCGGAACGUCCGGCAUCUUGGGUUUGAUCGUUUCUUUCGUGCGAGUGGAUAUAAAUUAGUACGACCGCUCUUAGCGGGACUAGCGUGAACAUGCCCUUCCAACAGCCAAACCGCCUCUGGAGGGCCAUGUGUCCGCGGCUAGGCCUCAGCCCUAGCCUGGAUCUGCCAUUCUUGUGUUGGAUAUUAGGCUUGGCCCUGCACGCCCAGCUGGCGGCCUCACAAAAACUGGACGAAACGGACCCCGUUGUCACUACAACUUACGGCAAACUGCGAGGAUUCAAAAAAGAACUCAACAAUGAGAUCUUGGGUCCUGUCAUCCAGUUCCUGGGCGUCCCCUACGCAGCACCUCCCACUGGCGAAAGGCGUUUCCAACCGCCCGAGCCGCCUAUUUCGUGGUCAGAUAUCCGUAACGCAACUCAGUUUGGCCCCGUUUGUCCCCAAACCCUGCUGGAGGGCAGGCUACCGGACGUUAUGCUGCCUGUUUGGUUCACCAACAGUAUUGAAGUGGUGUCGUCCUACGUACAGGACCAGAGCGAGGACUGCUUAUUCUUAAACAUAUACGUGCCAACGGAGGAUGUAAAAAGAAUAUCCAAGGAAUGUGCCAGAAAACCCGGCAAGAAAAUUUGUAGAAAAGGAGGUCCACUUUCAAAGAAACAGAAUGAUGAUUUAGCUGAUAAUGACGGUGCUGAGGAUGAAGACAUUCGUGAAAGCGGGAGUCCCAAACCGGUGAUGGUUUUCAUUCAUGGAGGAUCGUACAUGGAAGGAACAGGAAAUAUGUUCGACGGAAGCAUCUUGGCCAGUUACGGCAACGUCAUCGUCAUAACCGUAAACUAUCGGCUUGGUGUGCUCGGUUUUCUGAGCACAGGAGACCAGGCAGCCAAGGGAAACUAUGGACUUCUUGAUCAAAUCCAGGCCCUGCGCUGGACGAGUGAAAACAUUGCGUUCUUUGGGGGUGACCCUUUACGCAUUACUGUUUUUGGCUCUGGGGCCGGGGCCUCAUGUGUCAACCUGCUGACUCUUUCCCAUUAUUCUGAAGGUCUUUUCCAAAGGGCCAUAGCCCAAAGUGGCACAGCCUUGUCCAGCUGGGCUGUCAGCUUUCAGCCAGCCAAGUAUGCCCGCAUGCUGGCCAAAAAGGUGGGAUGCAACCUCAGAGAUACAGUGGAGAUGGUAGAGUGCCUAAGAAAAAAACACUACAAAGAACUAGUGGAGCAGGACAUUCAGCCUGCUCGCUACCACAUCGCCUUUGGACCCGUCAUUGAUGGCGAUGUCAUCCCCGACGACCCUCAAAUCCUCAUGGAGCAAGGGGAGUUCCUCAACUAUGACAUCAUGCUGGGCGUCAACCAAGGCGAGGGGCUGAAGUUUGUGGAACUCAUUGUGGACAACGAGAACGGAGUUCAAGCCAACGAUUUCGACUACGCCGUGUCGAGUUUUGUGGAUGAUUUAUACGGUUACCCCGAGGGGAAAGACAUCCUGCGGGAGACCAUUAAGUUUAUGUACACUGACUGGGCUGACCGCCACAACCCGGAGACCAGAAGAAAGACCCUGCUGGCGCUCUUCACUGAUCAUCAGUGGGUGGCACCAGCGGUGGCAACAGCAGACCUCCACUCCAGCUUUGGCUCGCCUACUUAUUUCUACGCCUUCUACCAUCACUGCCAGACAGAGCAGGUGCCACCCUGGGCUGAUGCGGCACAUGGCGAUGAGAUCCCAUAUGUGUUUGGGCUGCCCAUGAUUGGUCCAACUGAGCUUUUCCCCUGUAACUUCUCCAAAAACGAUGUGAUGCUUAGUGCAGUGGUAAUGACCUACUGGACCAACUUUGCCAAGACCGGUGACCCCAACCAGCCAGUUCCACAGGACACCAAGUUCAUCCACACCAAGCCUAACCGCUUUGAAGAGGUGGCCUGGACGCGUUACAACCAAAAGGACCAGCUGUACUUGCACAUCGGCUUGAAGCCCCGUGUCAAGGAGCAUUACCGUGCCAAUAAGGUCAACUUAUGGCUGGAGCUGGUGCCUCAUCUCCACACCCUCAACGAGGUCACCCAGAUCAUUUCCACAACCACUAAGUUGCCUCCACCUGAGGUCACUCCCCGUACACCAAAGAAAAUCCCAGUCAACACCAAAAGACCCUACCCUACACCAUUUCCCACUGAAACACAAGAGAACCACAACCAGAACCAGAACCAGAACCAACCCUUCCUAGAGAACCAGCGGGACUACUCCACCGAACUCAGCGUCACGAUUGCCGUCGGUGCCUCGUUGCUCUUCCUCAACAUACUGGCAUUUGCCGCGCUCUACUACAAAAAGGAUAAGAGAAGGCACGAGGUCCACAGGCGUUGCAGCCCACAGAGGACCACUGCCAACGAGCUGCCCCAUACGCAAGAAGAGGAGAUCAUGUCUCUACAAAUGAAACACAGCGACUUGGAGCGGGAGUGCCGGGAGGCCAUGCACCCGCACGAGGUGGUCCUGAGAACUUCCUGCCCACCCGAUUACACGCUCGCCAUGCGCCGUUCGCCGGACGACAUCCCUCUCAUGACCCCGAACACCAUCACUAUGAUACCCAACAGCAUGCCAGGCCUCACCUCCUUACACCCCUUCAACAGUUACUCCAGUGGACAGAAUAACACCCUUCCCCAUCCACACCCUCAUUCACACUCCACCACUAGAGUAUAGCCACACACACACACAUGCUCACACACUUACACACACACAUACACUCCCGCAGAUGUGGAGUUCGAGUGUGACGAAGAACGGAGGGGGUAGCACUGGGGUGAGGAAAAUCUUUACUCCCGAUGCUCACAGGAAAUAACAAUGUGGAUUUUGUUCCUCGAGAGCAAAACUAUCGUUUUAUAUUAAAGGCAAAAACAAAAGGACAAAAAAACCUAUUUCUGAUGUAAUGAAAAACAAACAGAGGUGAUUUUUUACCCUUAUAUUGUGACAAAACCAGGGCCGUUUCCUGGGAACAACUAUCAGUCUGGGAUUCUUUGAGGAAUGGUUUGAUUCGGUUACCCGGAGAGGAAACGACGGAAGCACAGAAGAGAUGACGUGUGGGAGGCCCUUUGUAAACAAAAGGAAACAUAUUGUUUUCCCGGGGCGCUGGAUUGUAGAUUACUCUCUUCAGAGCAGACGGGAGAUGCUGCUUACCUAAUUUAGGCAUGCGUUCUCCUUCUGGUGGAGAAUGUGGAAUACUAUGGGAGAAAGGAGAGAAUGAGAAAUCCUCAAGAAUAUGCACAAUAGAGACAUUCGCUGAAUGUCUUUGAAUUCUUUUUGUCAAUUUAUUUUUGGGGGAACAAUUUUAUUGUAUAGGACGUAUUUACAUAUCUAGAUAUGUACACAAAGCACCCAUGCUCUUUAAGCCCUGGCUGGGGGCGUUGAUACUGAGGAAUCUGCCUCAAGAGCGUAGCGGGGAAUUUAUUGGCUUCCUGGCAGAUACAGCUUCAUCACACAAGUGCUGUCUAUACUGAAACUGGUGGACUCAAAGGGAGGCUGGAUAUUUUUAGCACGACGCGCAUGACAAUUUAUCUGCUUGGUGGCUGUUCUGCUGAUUAAGUCAUUAUUUAAAACAACAACAAAAAAAAUUCAUUUUCUUCCCCAUUUGGAUUUGUUUAAGGAAUACUGCUCACUGGAGGAAUUGGAAUAUGCUGACGAGGGUGGACAUGGUGGGUUCUGAACACGCUUAUGGGAAGGGGUGGGGAUACGCUAACUAGAUUGCGUUCGCAAAUAGCUUGAGUGAACCUGGUUAUAAGGACUAGUUUUGUACAUGUGUGUUGGUAAAACUUUUUAAUAGUGGUGAAUCACUUGUUGUUUGAGCUCCCCUGUGUGGGACAUUAAUGUACGGUUUGAUUUGCUCAUUGGUCUCAGUUAUAAUAUGUUGUUUUGUUAUUUUUUUAAGUUCAUUUUCACCUCUUGCUAAUAGUCAGACCACCCUACCUUAGGAAAAUUUCUUACCUGUAAUGUUUGAUUCUCAUUUCUUUGUUUUCUGUGCUUUAUGAGGCAGUCCCCCACGCAGCUUUGAACAACCAGUGACCAACGCAGGGAUUUAUUCUAUGCGACUUGGAGACUUGCGUUGGUAUCCUCUCAUCCAGAACUUUCUGUGAUUCUCCUGAAUGAUCAUGACGAAUGAAUCCCACACUGGAGACAGGAAGGCCCCUGAUGAAAGAGUGUAUUAGGGGGGCUUCUGAUGUUACGAAGCCCUUGAUCAUACCGCUUAAAGCUAGCUAUAGAAAGAAAGAAAGAAAGAAAGCAGAAAGAGAAACUUUUGUCAUUUCUUACCCAGAGAUAAGUGCUCAAUGCUAAAAGCCAGUUUCACCUGCAAAUCUCUAAGUAAUUGCUGGUUUUAUCCAUCCUUGAUUAUUUUACUUUUCUCAAAGCCUUGUUACGUAAUAUCCUACAAUCCUACAUGCUAAUGAUCGACGCCAGCGAAUCCCAGGCUAAAGACGGGAGAACCCCUGAUGAGACCGUUCAUUACUGGGCCUUCUGAUCUUAAGAGGCCAUUGAAGCUAGCUAGAGAAAGGGAAUGGAGAAAGGAUCAUGAUUAAUUUUCUCAGAGCCUCGUUGCAUUACAUACUACAUGCUAAAAAGUUCUGGGACGCUAACCCGUUGUUCCCUUUCUGUGGAUAGUUGUUUCAGGGUGACAGUUCCUGUGGUGACAGUCCCUUUUUACCACUGGGAAAUUUGAUUGAACACAAACACCAGUGAAAGGGAAACUUCUACAUAUUAUUUUCUCAGCAUGUAGCGUAUGAUUAGAGAAAAACAGCAAUUGAUUGGUGAUUUGGUUCUCCCAGAUCAGAAGUCCUCUUCUUUGCUUUUGUGCUAAAGCUGUUUCUUAACCAGACAGGACAUGAUGGUAAAACGGUCAAAGCUAUCUUUUUAUUUCCCUUAGUUCUGUCCUAGCCAGGACAUUUUGACAUUCAUUUCCGAAAUCCUGCUCCACAUAGCUAAAUAUUAAAAAUCAAAUAUGUUUUGAUUGGCUGAGUUCACACAAAAUCACUUUUGCAUAUGGAGUAACAAGCAAAAUGAGAGACAUUAGAAGCCAUUUUACUGGCAGUACAGCCUUUCACAUCUCAAGGUAAUUAAUUAAUAGUUGGUGUGGAAAACAUGGAGGUCAAACACAGGCUGUUGGGAGUGAAUACUUGAGCCCUGGUGAAUAGCUAGUGGCAAAGAACUAAUGAGGGACGAGGGAAGCCAAGGAAGGGAACAAGAUUGAAAGAAUCGUGCUGCUCUUCUCCUGAUCAGCCAACUCGUGACACACAUUGUCCCCUACAACAUGUUCCCGUUCAGAACACAGUCUCCUCUGGGCUUUUACUCUCUGUUCCGCCUUCACCUAUGACAACUCGGCGCAGUACAAACGGGCCAGAGAGAGCAUCGCUGCUCUGUAUGCCAGUCCCCAUCUGCAGGUAUGCAUAUGCAAAGUCAGCCUGCCCAUGUGUCCCCCUGCAAAGGAAGCUCCUUUGAACGAUAUUAAAAUUUAAUGAACCGUAAGCCGGUGGGGCGCUCGGAGGAUUCAUCUUGUGCAUGCACAUGUACCAAGGAGAGAGAUGGGAUUCAUCUGUAAUUGCGAAGAUCUCCACAGCUCAGUAUGUUUCUUCACACAUAUGCACAUAUACUCGCAUACACACAUGCCAGGACAAGCCUUGUAACUGAAUGUAAUGCAAGACUGAGGGCCAUUUUCUUACAAACAGCAACCAAAUUUCAUUAUGUGUUUAUUUUCUACUGGCUGACCUUGAAAGAAGAUCAAAAUGGCUGUUGAGAACUACAGAGGGUUGUUGUGAUGUAGAUUAUUUGUCAUUUUGUCUUUCUUUCUGGUUAAAUAGGAUUUAAUCUUCUGGAGCACAAUAAAUGAUUUUAUCAAGCUCAA